AUGCCGUCGGCCGUGGCAAAAUGCUGUGCUGGCCUGCUCCGCUUGCUGCGGGCACGAAGGCCCGCGGCUGACGCAGGGGUGCCUCUGGUGGGGCCAUCGCCUCCACCUGCGCCACCGGCUCCAGCAGCGCCACAAGAGCCGGAAGCUGAGUCGGCCGCGCAGGCUCCAGCGCAGUCGCCGAAGGAUGUGGAGAUCCUCGCCCCGCCAGUCCGCCCGUUGACCAAAGCGCAAGAGGAGUAUGAGAUGGCGAUGAAGGCGGCGAGGGAGGAAAUGCAAGAGCGAGUCAAGCACUACAAGGCCUUGAACAAAGGCGGGUUCUUGACAAAGCAUCAGGAAAUGGAUGUGCGCGACUUGGCGGCAUAUUCGACUUUUGUGACCGGAGACAGCCUUGAGCCGCAGUUUCCGGACAGGAAGGGGCUGCGAGCAUGUAAUGUCAGCGAUGCGAGAGCGAAACUGCGGAGAUCGAUCGCCAUGUUUGUGGCAGCUGAGCGGGUGGUGGCAGGCUGGGUGCCUCUGGUGGGGCCAUCGCCUUCACCUGCGCCAUUGGCUGCAGCAGCGCCACAAGAGCCGGAAGCUGAGUCGGCCGCGCAGGCUCCAGCGCAGUCAGCGCCGAAGGAUGUGGAGAUCCUCGCCCCGCCAUACGAGAUGGCGAUGAAGGCGGCGAGGGAGGAAAUGCAAGAGCGAGUCAAGCACUACAAGGCCUUAAACAAAGGCGGGUUCCUGACAAAGCAUCAGGAAAUGGAUGUGCGCGACUUGGCGGCAUAUUCGACUUUUGUGACUGGAGCCGAAGCUGAGAUGGCGCGAGGCCAGGCAUCGAGGCACACGUCGCAUGAACUCAUUGAAGCCCUGCGCAGGUCGUUUUGGAGGAUUGCAGCCGAGGAGAGGGGAGACAGCCUUGAGCCGCAGUUUCCGCACAGGAAGGGGCUGAGAGCAUGUAAUGUCAGCGAUGCGAGAGCGAAACUGCGGAGAUCGAUCGCCAUGUUUGUGGCACCGGCUGACAGGGUUGCUUUGCGCGGCCGGCUGCGAGAGGCGGCGGCAGCGAGCGAGGAGGCCGAGAGGGAGCUGACGGCGCGGGAGGCGGAGCGCGCCAAGCUGCUGGAGCUCUUGGAGUUCAAGGAGACCCGGCUGCAGCGGCAGUCCCUGGCCACGCGGCGGCUGCGCGACGCGCUGGGGGCGGCCAAGGGCUGCGCCGCGUACUACCUGGCGCGGACCGCGGUCAGGGGCUGGCGCCAGCUGCUGCGCUUCGGGGAAGCCCGGCGGGGCUUGGAGCGUGCUAAGGAGCGCCGGGCAGAGCUCGCGAUCCGGCAGGGCUGCGGCCUGAUGCGGGCGGCCUUGUGCCGCGCGGUUGGGCGGCGCCGGCAGGCGGCGCUGCAUGGGCUGUGGCUUCACGCGGCCGGGCAGCGGCUUCAAGAAGACUUUGAGGAGUGGCUGGUGGCGGUUGACAACAUGCUUUCGGGCGAGAAAGAUGAGCUCACCCGUCAAGCCGUGCACGAAGGCGGCAGGUCUGGCCUGGGGCUGGUCGCCAUCCAGGUGCCGGAGGACCAGGUGCUCUUCGGCACGCCCCGGAAGAAGGAGGAGGCGAAGUCGCCCUCGCACCUGCGCUCGCCCUUCAGCGAGGCUUCCACCCGCGCCACGAGGACCACGGCCUCGCUGCGGAUCUCGGCGCCAGUGGCGUCCAGCGCGGCGGGCGCGGCGCGGCUGGGCCUGGCCUUGGGCAAGGCGCUGGUCUUCCGCCUGGGCUUCGCCUGGCGGCGCGUAGGCCAGGCGCGGGACAAGAGGCGGGCUCAGCUGCUGCUCCAGCAGCAAGAGGACUGGCGCCAGGGCGCGGAGCAGCGCCUGGUGGAGCUGGCGAAGAAGGGCCAAAGGGCGGAGAGGCAGCGGGAGGCGCUGCGCCAGAAGUGCCAGGCGGCGCAGCAGGGCUGCGGCGCCGCGGAGCGGCGCGCGGCGAGGCUGCGGACGCAGCUGGCGGAGGCGGAGCAGGCCACGGAGCCGUACCCAUGGCCUUUCGAUGGGGACCUGCGCCCGGAGAAUACCGCGCUGCUGGCGAUCGACAUGCAGACCGACUUCUGCGGCAAGGGCGGGUACGUGGAUAGCAUGGGAUACGACAUAUCCAUGACCAGAGCACCAAUUGAGCCCUUGAAAGUGGUCUUCCAGACGCUGAGACGCCUGCGGUAUCACAUCAUUCACACUCGCGAAGGCCACCGGCCCUCGCUGGCGGACUGCCCGGCCAACAAGCGCUGGCGCUCCCGGCAGAUCGGGGCCGGCAUCGGCGAUGCGGGGCCUUGCGGCCGGGUGCUGGUGCGUGGUGAAGUGGGCUGGAAUCUCAUCGAAGAGCUGAAGCCUGCGGAAGAUGAGGAGGUCAUCGACAAACCCGGCAAGGGCUCCUUUGUGGCGACCGACUUGGAUCUGAUCCUCAAGCAAAAAGGAAUCCGAAAUCUGAUCCUCACCGGCAUCACCACGGACGUGUGCGUGAGCACCACCAUGAGAGAAGCCAAUGACCUUGGCUACGAGUGCCUGCUGCUCUCGGACUGCACGGCGGCCACGGACUAUGGGAACUACCUGGCGACCCUGAAGACAACCAUGCAGUCGGGAGGCGUCUUCGGCUGCGUGGCGCCGGCCAAGGACCUGCUGCGCGCGCUGGGCAGGGAGGUGCCAUCGCACUUGGAGGAGUUGGUGUACCUUGACCUGGGCGAUGGGCUCCGAGCCAUGGUGCCCAAGGAGGGGACAAUGCCGCGGAGCUUGGCGGAGACGAUGGUGGCUCCUUCGGCGGCGUCGCUCGGUGCGGUUGAGGCGGAUCCCUACGCCUGGCCCUUUGAGGGCCGGCUGUCUCCGGAGAGCACGGCGCUGCUGGCCAUUGAUCUGCAGAAGGACUUCCUCCACCCGGAGGGGGCCUUCCCCCGCGCGGGCUUCGGCAUCGCCACGGCCAAGGAGGUGGUGUCGCGCUCCGCAGAAGUGCUGCGGGCGAUGCGGGCCAAGGGCUUCCACGUGCUUCACGCGCGGGUGGGCAGCGCGCCCUCCCUGGCCGACUGCACCAGGCGCAAGGUCUUCCACAUGAACCGCUCGCCGCCGCAGAUGGGGCAACUGGGGCCCUUGGGCCGGUGCCUGGUGCGUGGUGAACCAGGCUGGGACUUUAUGGAGGAGGUGGUGCCAUUGGAGGGGGAGCCAGUGGUGGACAAGCCGGGGAUGGGGGCCUUCAGCUUGACGUCGCUGGAGCUGACCCUCCACUCUCUGAAGGUGAAGAACCUGGUCCUGGUCGGGGUUACCACCGACGUGUGCGUCCACACCACGCUGCGCCAAGCCAACGACCGCGGCUUCGAAUGUUUGCUGCUCUCCGACUGUUGCGGCGCCGCUUUCCCCGAGCUGCACUUCUCCGCCUUGAAGCAGGUGAAGAUGCAGCACGGGGUCUUCGGCGCUGUGGCGGAGAGCGCGGCGCUGCUGCGGGCGCUGGAGCUGGCGCUGAGCCGCCGGGCCAAGCAGCUGGAGCGCGCAGCUUCCGCAACUCCGCCCAGAGGUGUGCGGCUGAAGCGCGCCAAAGAGGAGCGCCUUACUUCCCUGGCAAAGGCUCGGCAGGAGGUGCGGCGCCUGCGCCUGGCGCUGCACGAGGCUCGCAGCGCGGCGCCGGGCGAGCACGAGCUCUGCCGGGACCUGCGGGCGGGCUGGCAGCGCGAGAGAGAUCAGUGGGCAGAGGCGUGUGAGGAAUUGCGCCGGCGGACGGCGUCUGCCCAGGACGCAGCACGGGCCGCGCGGCACGCAGAGGCGGAGGCGCAGGCGGAGGCCACGGCGGCCAAGGCCGAGGCCGAAGCCCAGGUGCAGCUCGACCCGGAGCUUCGCCGGCUCAAGUCGCAGCUGGAGGGCCUCUGCUCGCAAGCGGCCAAAGCAAAGGGAGACCUCGAGGCGCAUGUGCUGGAGGGCACUCCCGAUGCCGAGGGCGAGUCACAGUCAGAGGAGGUGGCGGCCUACGAGGCGCUGGUCUCGCGGCUGCGCUCGGAGCUGCGGUGGGAGAAGAGCCAGCGCAUGGCUUGCGACCAGGCUUUGGAGACGCUUCGGGGCUCCUACGGCCUUCUGCUGAGCAGGGCCGCUGCCCGCUGA